UUCUUUUCUUUAGUGACGAAACAUUGAAAAAAUAUAAAGUUAUUCAAGCGAGAGAAUUUGUAUGUCCAGUAGGUUUUUGUCGGAACCAAAAACACCAAAAGGAUGCGGUUCUUUAUGGUUUUAGGUGCUGUCAUUAUCAUAACCUUAAUCGACGCUUCUUUCUCGGCGGAGGAAAGCAAACAUGUGCCUUCCAUUGGAGGGUUUCCGAUGCGCCAUAAAAUCGAGAAAAAUGUGUUGAGCACAAUCCCCAGCAGGAGACCCAGCGAAAAUCAUGGCAGCAACAUCGGAAAUGAUCCACUUACUGAAAGAAGCAAUAAACUGGAGAAGAAAAAACUCAGUGUAGUGCAUAGCAGUAUUCAAGCCUUUUCUGCUGAUUCCAAUCCACUUCUAAAGACGGCUGAAAACGAAGAUAUCAAGACAAUAAAACCGAGCCAAUUUAAUAAAAACAGAAGUAAAUCCAGGAAGAAGGCACACUCUCGAAAAAAGCCCCACAAACCCGUACCCGUUGUAAGCCCUGUUAAGGGCAUUAGCAGUGUACAAACUUCAGGUGCUGCCCCGUUAUUACCUGAUCGUCCAGUACUCACAAUAAAAAUCUAUGAACCAGGCCAUCUAAACAAAGAGAUAGAUAUAAAGAGGAUAUGUGGAUACGGGGGGAAAUACUUAAAGCUGCUCAUUCUGAUCACCUCAGCACAUUCCCACUUUACGGCGAGAAUGUCCAUCAGACAUACCUGGAUGAACUAUGGAAGAAGGCGAGAUGUAGGCAUAGCCUUUGUGCUUGGGCGUACCACAAAUGCGUCCCUGUACGAGUCUCUCAACAAGGAGAACUAUAUUUAUGGCGAUAUGAUACGAGGACAAUUCAUAGACUCUUACACCAAUCUCACUCUGAAGACGAUAUCUUUGCUAGAAUGGACAGAUACGCACUGUCCUCGUGUAAAAUACAUCCUUAAGACAGAUGACGAUACGUUCAUAAAUGUUCCUAAGCUGCUCGACUUCAUAGACGGACAUAAGGAUAAUCGAACGAUAUAUGGGCACAUAAUUGAGAAUGCAAAGCCACACCGACAAAGGGCGUACAAAUAUUUUUUACCAUAUCACCAAUAUGGGGGCUCUGUUUAUCCACCAUUUGCUACUGGAACUGCCUACCUUCUUACUGGAGACAUUGUUCAUGAGCUAUAUGUUCACUCGCUCAGAACGUAUUAUAUUCAACUGGAAGAUAUCUUCACGGCCGUUUUGGUCCAGAGCUUGAAGAUUAAAAUUGUGAAUGCCGGCAGCUUUUACAACACGCGCAUCCCGUUCCUGCCGUGCAGAAUCCGCAACGCGAUCAGCGUUCAUGAUAUCAAGGAAAACGAAAUAUACGAUAUUUGGAGAAAGCAGAUGGACUCCACUGUCAAGUGCAAUUAA